UAUCAAAUACUAGUCCUUACUUCUAUUUUGUUUUUGCUGCUUUGUUUUGGUGUCAUCUUUCAGACACUUGCGUGUGAGGAUGGUACCCAUUGGAUUAGAUUAGAUUAGAUUAGAUUACAUGACAUCAGAUGUCCUUCAUUUGUCCCACAGUGGGGAAAUCCAAUGUGUCACGGCAGCAACUGUCAGUGACAACAAAGGCAUAAAAGACACCCAGGACAUUGAAGACGCACAACAAAUAUUGAAGACCUUCACAAAGCGUCAGCAAACAAAGAUACACACUCAAAAGACAACCACUGAAGAGACAGAGGUGAUCUCUGAACUCCAGGAUGAACACCGAUCCGCCCCCUCCCUACCCAGGCAGUGGCCCGUCUGCUCCAGACUACACGGGCCAGGCUCCAACAGGCUACCCGCCUCAGGGCUGUCCCCCGCAGGGUUACCCUGCUCAGGGUUAUCCCCAGCAAGCUUACCCUGUGAACAUGGAACAACCCAAUCCAGGCUAUCCUAACUACCCUGCAGGGGCAGUGGGCCCUGGUGGGCCCUACCCAGGACAGGCUCCUUAUCAAGGAUACCCUGGACAACCGGGCUGGCAGGGCGGACCCCAUCCUGGACCAAGUCAGCCGGGGUGGCAGGGCGGACCUCCUGGGCCCAUGUACGGAGUUGCUCCCAAAAACACGGUGUACGUGGUGGAGAACAGGAGAGAUGACACAGCGGACACGUGCCUGACGGCGUGUUGGACAGCUCUGUGCUGCUGCUGUAUCUGGGACGUCCUGACAUAACCAGAUUCCCUGAAAUCAAAGUCCACAUCAUUUCUCUGUGCCUCGGAAUCCAAACGUCCUCCCUCCGCCCCGAUCUUCUUCCAACUUUCCUACCCUUCCCGUCUCUAUAGCCUGUUUUCAAGUCGUUUGCACGCCUAUAAAUGAAGGUUGGACCCAAUGAUGAUGUUCCUGUGGGGAGCCACUCACUGUCGAUGUGAAGCUGAUGGGCUGAACUGGUCCACAGAACAACUUUGUAGCUGCUUGUAACUAAGCCGAGCUUCUAGACUCCCAAAAUCUCAGGCUGUUCCUCUCAUGGCCUAAUGCAUCCACAGACAGCAGAAGCACACGCGCGCGCGCGGCACCCGGACGUCAGGCUCAGCUAGUGUGAAGCUUUACGAGCACUUUAUGACGAUGAUUACCUCUGGAUGUUCCUUCUCUGGUCCUCUGUUUCUGUGGCCACUCCCCCUCUGCCGCUCCUCUCCUUCAUGCCUCAAACACCACCGGUAGCCUGGCUGCGCAUCAGCUAGCAGGACGCUCUGGAGUAACGUGAUGGCUGGUUUCUCUCCUCCUGACUGACUGACGUCGUCAGGUGAACUGGAUGCCUUUUACAAGAUUACAAAUGUUCUUUUGAUAAAUGUUGGUACCCAAUGCUACCUUUUAUUUCACGCUGAUCUUCAUGUGAAAAUGAUUUUAAUGUUAUUUUUACCGCUCAUUUGGGAGUGAAAAUCCAAAAGUCUUGUGAUUGCCUCACUGAAGGAGCUAAAUUGAGCCAUUUUAAUGCUUGUUGGCUUUCAAAGGGAAUUGCAUUUCAAUAAAUUAUUCCCAGAGAAA